AUGCUAGGAGCUUUUGGUAUAACUGCUGAGAGGUUGGCAACAUUGACAAAAGCAUGUCUUCGUGAUAUUACUUCUGAGGAAGGAUUGUAUCAGAAGUAUACUGUCACUGUUGCCAGAAAGCCAUAG